CUCCACUUCUUGUGGUGCCCUUCCGUCAAUUCCUUUACGUUUCAACUUUGCAACCAUACUUCCCCCGGAACCCGAUUUUGGUUUCCCGGAAGCUACUGAGAGCACCGAAGGUAGGUAGCGUCUCCCAAUUGCUAAUUGGCAUCGUUUACGGUUAGAACUAGGGCGGUAUCUAAUCGCCUUCGAUCCUCUAACUUUCGUUCUUGAUUAAUGAAAGCAUCCUUGGCAAACGCUUUCGCUUCUGUGGGUCCUACGACGGUCUACGAAUUUCACCUCUCGCGCCGUAAUACCAAUGCCCCCGACUACUUCUGUUAAUCAUUACCUCUUGGUCUAUUACAAACCAACGAAACCACUCAGACCGAGGUAAUGAUUAACAGAAGUAGUCGGGGGCAUUGGUAUUACGGCGCGAGAGGUGAAAUUCGUAGACCGUCGUAGGACCCACAGAAGCGAAAGCGUUUGCCAAGGAUGCUUUCAUUAAUCAAGAACGAAAGUAAGAGGAUCGAAGGCGAUUAGAUACCGCCCUAGUUCUAACCGUAAACGAUGCCAAUUAGCAAUUGGGAGACGCUACCUACCUUCGGUGCUAUCAGUAGCUUCCUGGAAACCAAAAUCGGGUUCCUGGGGAAGUAUGGUUGUUAAGUUGAAACUUAAAGGAAUUGACGGAAGGGCACCACAAGAAGUGGAGCUUGCAGUCGCAAUCGAGAGCUCGACCCGAACGGACGUGUUUGCGCAGUGCUCCGUGUUGUGAGAAGGUGUUCGUGAGACCAAGAGAGUGGGAGCGAUGGUUAUUCGUGUUACGAAUAAUAGUGAGCGAGUAUAUGUGAAGUGGAAGCGAGGGUGAACUUUUUGAAACUAUCUAGAACUUUCUCGGUUGUUGCCGCGCGUGGCUUCCUUUUGCCCGCGCGUGUGUGUAUACGUGUGUGAGUGUGUGCGCAAGCAAGUGGAACAUUCUCGGCUGUUGACGUGCGUAGCGCUCUGUUGCCCGCGCGUGUGCUUCGUGUAAGCGAGUGUGUGCGCGAGAACGAGUUUUUUGGAACUAUCUGGAACCUCCUCGGCUGUUGCCGUGCGUGGCUUCCUUUUACCCGCGCGUGUGUGUAUACGUGUGUGAGUGUGUGCGCAAGCGAGUGGAACAUUCUCGGCUGUUGACGUGCGGGGCGCUCCGUUGCCCGCGCGUGUGCUUCGUGUAAGCGAGUGUGUGCGCGAGCGCGAGUAGAAUUUUCUAGAAUUAUCUAGAACUUUCUCGGCUGUUGCCGCGCGUGGCGCUCCGUUGCCCGCGCGUAGCGCUCCGUGUCGCUGUGUGUGCGCUUCUCAUAGCAUCACAGCGCCGGGGAAAUGCGUGGUGGCGGGGGGUAACAACCCGCCACCAUGGAUAAGCAACUGAGAGGAAGGACUAUAUCGGUCGAUGAGCGUCCUGCCGUCGUUAUAAGGAAGUUGGUGAGCGAGAAAAAACUCGGGACUAUCGUCGAGGAACUGUCAACGGCAGGAGUGCCAGCGAGGACCAUGGCGACGGGAGGAGUGAAAUCGGCGGGAACGGCGACGAAGCUGACGACUUCAACACCGGUUUCCACCGGAGAAGUGCGUCGGAUGCUGGCGAAUGCGAAAGCUGACAAUGAGACGACGGUCAGCAUUGUCAAGCGGUUGGAGGAGCAAAUCCAGUUGCUGCGCUUGCAAAUGGAGGCCUCCAACGAGCAACUGAAGGAAGCGCAAAGGGAGGUAAGAGAGGCGCGCGAAGAAGCUCGGGUACGUGAAGCGGAACACCGCGAAGAGCUUCGCAAGGAGAAAGAGCUCUUCAACGCUCUUCUAGCGCAAACCCUUGGUGGAACCAGCGGAGCUCGGCUAGAGAGCCAGCAGGAACUGCAGCGAGAGCAGGAGCUGCUUCGGAGGAUGGAAAGCCAGCAACGACAAGAACAGCGGCAACAGCUGGAAGAUCAACAGCGCCAAAGGUGGCGUCAGCAGCAGCAGAAACAACAACGGCAGCAGCGGCUACCUGCGCAGCAAUGGCCGACGGUGCAGCAGAGCGUGCGUGCUCAGCGUCAAGGCGUUGCGGAGUCGGCAUCCUCGGCGGUACUUGACGAGGCAGGAACGUGGGUGGAGGUCGUUCGCGGAAACCGGCGUGGGAAUAAACAGAACGGAGUGAAUCUGCCCCAGCAGUCAGCCCAGCGGCAGCCAGCACACCGGCAGCAUCAGCAGUGGCCGCACCAGCAAAAUGGGCAACAGCAGCAGCGGACGGACAUUCAUCAGCGACGAAAACGCCCGGACGAAAUCGUCGUUGUGCCCGCCCCAGGAGUGUCCUACAAGGACAUGUAUGUGAAGAUCCGGACCAACCCGCGGUUUGCCGAUUUCCAGCGGCAAAUUGGGGUUGGCAGAAGAACGCCGAAGGACCACCUCCUGCUGCCUUUGUCCCACGACGUCGAUAGCGCGAAGCUGAAGGACAUCAUCCAGGAGGUCAUCGGGGAGAGUGGAUCGGUAACCGUCAGGACAGAGAUGGCUGAGGUCGUCCUGACUGGAAUCGACAACAUGAUCGACGAGGAGGCGAUCAAAAAGGCGUUCAUGACCGCUCUUGGAAAGCAGUCAUUGGUGGCCACCGUGAACCUUUGGGAGCGCCGAGACAUGACAAAGCGGGCUCACCCCGAAAAGUAUCGGGUCAGCUGA